UAUUUACGUCACAGACCUCGUCUGUGCUUACGUGUUCGCUUUUAUUACUACGUCCUUCCUAUUUCAAUCGCAGUAGUCUCUUAUUGCGCAUUCCAUUCAACCGCCUUUUGAUCGACCAAGUUUGCCUACCGAAUGAAACGAGAAUGCCGGAAAAGAAAGGUUGUUCGAGUUGCGGCCCCGGCUAUAAAUCGCCAAAAGCAGCAAUGAUCGAGGGUCCACGCGAAAAACUCAUGUACGUUGUCGGCAUUCAUACAGAUCCAAAUAAAUCGGAUGUUUUAUGCACUGUUGAUGUGGAUCCAGCAAGUCCUGAUUACUGUAAGAUCAUUCAUAAACUGCGUAUGUCUUACGUCGGCGACGAGUUGCACCAUUCUGGUUGGAAUAUUUGUAGCAGCUGUCAUGAUAAACCACGAAAGCGAGACACCUUGGUACUCCCAUGCCUGAUGUCCGACCGUGUUUAUUUUAUUGACACGACCAAUGAACGGAUGCCAUCUAUCAAAAAGGUAUUAGAGCCAACGGAGGUACAUCAACAUGGAGUAUCGACUUUGCACACCAGCCAUUGCGCGCCAACCGGAGAAAUUAUGAUUUCUACUUUGGGCAAGUUGAAUGGCGACGGGCAAGGUGAAUUUCUCUGUAUCGACUCCGAAACAUGCGAGAUAAAAGGUACGUGGACGAAAGGCGAGAAAAAAGCAAGCUUUGGUUACGAUUUCUGGUAUCAACCAUACCACAACGUACUCAUCGCGACUGAAUGGGGGGCACCUAGAGUUUUUAAAAAUGGCUUCAAGCCAGGUGUCGCCUCUGAUCCUGCGGCCUACGGCAGAAGUUUGAAUUUCUAUUCGUGGAGGGAACGAAAGUUGACACAAACGAUAAACUUGGGCCAUGAAGGGAUCGCUCCACUCGAAGUAAGAUUCCUUCACGAUCCAAAAGCCAGGGAAGGAUUUGUUGGAUGCGCGUGCAACUCGAUCGUGUACAGAUUUUACAAAACAGAGAGGGCUGAAUGGCGCGCUGAAAAGGUUAUCGAAGUUCUUCCUAAGCAAGUCGAAGGGUGGAUGUUAUCGUCAAUGUCAGGAAUGAUAACCGACAUUUUAAUCAGCCUUGAUGAUAAGUAUUUAUAUAUGUCCAACUGGUUUCACGGAGACGUUAGACAAUAUGAUAUUUCCGAUACGAAGAACCCGAAAUUAACGGGUCAAAUCUUUCUCGGCGGUUUGAUCGUAAACGACUCGAAGGUUCGAGUUAUUCGGGACGAGGAACUGGACUCACAACCGAAUCCUGUUUACGUUAAAGGUCGUCGACUCUACGGUUCCCCGCAGAUGCUUCAACUGAGCCUCGAUGGAAUGCGUUUAUACGUGACCACUUCCAUUUUCAAACCGUGGGAUCGACAAUUCUACCCCGAUCUUAUCAAGAAUGGUUCGACCAUGGUCAAGCUGGACGUAGACGUACAAAAUGGCGGUUUAAAACUUGACGAUGAGUUUUUGGUAGACUUUGGUGCAGAUAAAGACGACAUAAUACUUGCACACGAAAUGCGAUAUCCGGGCGGUGAUUGUACAUCCGAUAUAUGGCUACCGGAGGACUAAUACCCUUUGUCUUUUACAAAAUGUAAUUGAUUACGUACCUCUUAUUUCAGGUAAAUAUUUUUCUACUUGACGUUCGUAAACAUUCUGUAUUUUUGUACGCAACGCUGCAAUAAAGAUAAUUACUUUUGUUAUUUGUUAUCGACACAUCCUAUACUAUUGGCGUUCGUCAACAGGAGUUCUUAACUUAGAGAAAUAAUUUUACAUAUCA